UGUCACCAUGCUACGCAUACGUCAUGGUGCACUCCAUAAUAUGCCGGGGCCGUACUGCUUUCCAUUUAUAGGAGCAGUUCAGGUAUAUCUCCAGAUUAGUAUGAAUAAUUUGCUGGAUCGCAUGUUGAAGUACCACGAGCAGCAUGGUAGCAUAUUAGCCGGUUGGGUGGCCAAUCGUAUAUCGGUUUCCAGCAUCGAUUUGGAAUUGAAUGAGCAAAUCUUGGCCUCACCACAUCACAUUACCAAGAAUUUCAACUACAUAAUUCUGCGUCAGUGGCUGGGCAACGGUCUGCUGCUGAGCGACGGUCGCAAAUGGUUUGUACGCCGAAAGAUUAUAACACCCGCCUUUCAUUUCAAGAUAUUGGAGCAAUUUGUCGAGGUUUUCGAUCAGCAAUCGACGAUUUUGUUGAGUUGUUUGGCGAAGAAAGCGGAUGGCCGCAAUGCCUUUGAUGUCUAUCCGUUUGUUUGCCUGGCAGCUUUGGAUAUUAUAGCGGAGACAGCUAUGGGCACUAAAAUGGGAGCGCAAACUGAUGCCAGGAGUGAAUAUGCAUUGGCUGUAAAUAAAACAACAAAAAUUAUCGCCUGGCGUUUCACAAAAUUUCAUCUCUACAAUGAAAUUUUAUUCAGCAUCUUGCAUCCCCACCUCAAGUUGUAGCAAAUGCGACACAUUAAAACGUUGCAUGAGUUCACAACCAAUAUGAUCAAACAAAGACGAGAGGCACUUGAGAAAAAUCGAAAUGUGGCGCCGCUGAUGGAAGAUUUGGUGGAAGACUCUCACUUCGUGGGCAACAAGAAACGUAUGGCUCUGCUUGAUAUACUGCUCCAUUCCACGAUCGAUGAUCAACCGUUGUCCGAUGACGAUAUACGCGAGGAAGUCGAUACUUUCAUGUUCGAAGGCCACGAUACCAUUAGUUCGGGCAUAAGUUUCACACUAUAUUUACUCGCACGCCAUCCAGAGGCACAACAGAAGGUGUUGCAGGAAGUCACAGCUGUGUAGGGUAAUGAUCGUAAGCAACCGAUCGAACGCACUUGUGUGCUCGUAAUAAGAAACUUCCAACUAUUGGAGAUACGUCAACACGUCAAUAAAAUCGAGAAAUUGCUGCUUGAGAAUCAACGAUCAGCAUUUGUUUGUUUCAGUCACUUCGACGUGUUGUGUUGCAAUAUGAUCGUCAUUUGCAUAUUCAUUUCGCUGACAAUCGUUUCGGCUUUGAAUUAUGUGAAGACGCGUAGGAAACGUGCGCUCAUCACGAAUCUAAGUGGACCUUUGGCGCUGCCGCUAAUCGGUUCGGUGCAGAAGUUCUUGCUGCUUACGCCAAGAAAUUUUCUCGUCAAGUCACGCAAUUACCUCAACAAGUUCGGCACACUUUCGCGCUGCUGGGUCUUCGAUCGGCUCUUCAUACUCACCGCCGACUACGAGUUUGUCACACAGCUUCUACACAGCGCAGAUCAUUUGAAUACAGGCUACAAAAAUCUGUUGCAACCGGUCUACGGCAUCGGACUGUUGAGGCGAGACGCCGACGAAUGGCAAAAACGACGUCAAUUGAUCACGCAUGCGUUGCGUCCACAGAUGCUAACGGAUUUUGUGGAGCUAUUUGCAGCACAAGCACAGUUAUUGGUGGAGUGCCUACGCGAAGAAAGUGACGGUAAAAGCAGCUUCGAUAUACAACCAUAUGUGCAGAGAGCGGUGCUCGAUGUGCUCAUUGCAACUGCAGUGGGCGUGGAGAGCCAAGCGCAGUGUGCGCAAUCGCAGCCUGUGGAUGGAGAGUAUGCGCAUACUGUGUUGGCGCUCAUCGUACUCUUUAAGUCGCGUUUUCUCAGUUUAGACUCCGCGAAUUCCACAAUCUACAGUAUACUUUGUCCGCUGAUAAAACGACGACAGCAGCAGCUAUUGAAGACACUCAAUCGCAUGAAUAACGAAUUGAUUUCAGAGCAACGCGCAGGCACCAUAACAACACCUACGACUGAUAAGUCCAAUGGCGCGGUCUAUACGAUCCAAGUGAAUGAGUCACAGAGCGAAACUGUGCCGCUGCGGUUUGACACACUUUUGAAACAGUUGCUCGCUGCCGAAAUCGCCGAUGAGUCGCUGAGCAAUGCGGAGAUCUGUGAUGAGCUGAAUACCUUCGUUUUUCAAGGUUGCCUACUAACACCGGCGGCGAUUUCAUUUGCGCUUGUCGCGAUUUCACGUCAUCCGAGCGUACAACAAAAAGUACUCGAGGAAUUGCUAUGCGUUUGGCCGAAGGGUACGUCGUGCAUCUGCACGCUGGAGAAUUUAAUGAAGCUGAAAUAUUUGGAGUGUGUAAUCCAGGAGACGCUCAGACUGUAUCCGCCACAGCCGAUUAUAGCGCGCGAUCUGAAGCGAAAUUUCAGCUACACCCACUCAAAGGUUAAAGAUGGCGUUUUACCCGCUGAAUCGGAGAUCUAUAUAAAUGUCUUUGAAAUGCUGCGUCAACCCGAAAGUUUUGCGGAUCCCGAAUGCUUUCAUCCGGAGCGCUUUAGUUCCGCCGAGAAUACAGACAUGCUAGCCUGGGGUCUUGGUCCGCGGAACUGUGUUGCUCAAAAGUAUACCAUGGUGCUGAUGAAAUCUGUGAUUGCGCAUUUAUUACUAGCCUAUGAAGUACUGCCUUUUGGCGCGGAGCUAAGUUUGGAAGUGAAAAUCGUCCUGAGUUCUGCGACUGGUUGGCAAGUGGCGCUUAGAUCGCGCGAUAAUUAGUUUCAUAAGUUGGCAGUAUUUUUUUUAC